AGUUGCACGACCGCCUCAGUCGACGACUCAUCGUUAAAAUGACGAGCGUUUCCUGAGUGAAACUCAACAAAAAGCACACUCCUCCUCUACACUAUGUGAAGGUGAAAAAAAAUAUUGUAUCUACCGAGCAAGUGGGAAAAACGACAAUCAAGGAGUUGAUUCUAGACAACGAUAGCGCAAUGGGUUCUCCGAAGCGAUGCUUUCCCAAUUAAUGUAUAGUUGAAUCUUUGGCAUUUGGCUAUUAAUCAGACCCGAUAUCGAUCGUUCCGUUUUUGCCACUUGGACAUAUCAGCUGCUGUAACUUGGACGAUACAAUAUGGAUCGGGAAAAUCACUUCCUUCACCAUCCAAUGAUGGCGUCGAAAAGCGUGUGGCUGGGACAGUCGUUGGACGUUGCUGGGGAAGAUAAAAGUGUCGAUAAAACGCUGGGCUUGGACGAGUUGAUGGCCCUCAACAUCACUAACGAGAACGAACUGGACUGUUUGUUCAAUUUCUUGCACGAAUCCUACCCACCGGCGAGAUUUGAAAAUCUCUCCUCCUUCUGCAACAGCACCUGGGACGGAGUCAGUUGCUGGCCGACGACAGUGGCCGGUUCAACGUCCUUCCUGCCCUGCGUCGACGAACUCAACGGCAUCAAAUACGACACAACACAUAACGCGACGAGGGUCUGCCAGCCGAACGGCACCUGGGCCAACUACAGCAAUUACCGGUCGUGCGUCCCGUUGUCGUCGGACUUUGGCGGCGCAACGCCCGAAUAUGGCGUCGGCAUCAGCGAGGACACGACCACCAUCUACUUCACCGGUUACACCGUCUCCAUCGUGGCGUUGACACUCGCCAUCUGGAUUUUUAUUCACUUCAAGGACCUACGCUGCUUGCGCAACACCAUUCACACGCACUUACUCAUCACGUACGUCAUGGCCGACCUGCUCUGGAUCGUCACGGCCACUCUGCAGUUGUACCGGGGCGAAACCAACAAAGGAUCCUGUAUCAUCGUCAUUUUCUUGCACUACUUCCACCUAACCAACUUCUUUUGGAUGUUCGUCGAAGGUUUUUAUCUCUACAUGCUCGUCGUGGAGACGUUUUCUGCCGACAAGAUCCGGUUGCGCAUCUACGCCCUUAUUGGCUGGGGGAUUCCGUUGCCGGUCGUCAUCGUUUGGGUCGUCGUCAAAGCCAACUGGUUCACCUACACGUCGACCGAAGGCCAGCACCAGAAGCUGGACCUGGAGUCGUUCCUGGCCAGCUGUCCGUGGAUGGCGGCCAACAGUUACGACUGGAUCUACAUGACGCCGGCCAUCGUCGUACUUUUCGUCAACAUUCUCUUCCUUGUCAAGAUCAUGUGGGUUCUGAUAACGAAAUUGCGUUCGGCCAAUUCGGUCGAGACGCAACAAUACCGCAAAGGCAGCAAGGCCCUUCUGGUGCUGAUCCCGCUCCUCGGACUCACUUACGUCCUGGUCAUCGCCGGCCCGACGGAAGGACUCAUCGCCAUUUAUUUCUCACACAUUCGAGCUGUCCUACUUUCCACACAGGGAUUCCUGGUGACCCUUUUCUUCUGCUUCCUCAACACGGAAGUGCGCAACACGUUGAGACACAACUGGGCCAGGUGGAAGAUGACCAGUCGCUGGCUCGAAGAUUCCCAAAAUCACGGCAGUCGAAGAAAUGACACGGCGACAGACAGCAAGCGCAACUCCAAGGAGGGAUCUCGAGCUCCAUGCAGCAGACUUUACAGCUAUCCGGAUCACAGUAGCAAGCGUGAUUCAGCCUUCAGUGAAGUGACGAUGGUUGCGCCAUUCACUCCCAUUUCAGUCCUUCAUCUGAACACCUUUGGACCAAGCAGCAGCAGUGUUGAGGACGAGAUUGAGACUCGAACUGAACGUUAUUCUUCGUCCAAUAUUGCUAAAGAAUCGAGAAAUUCAGUUUGUUAAUCGUCAGAUGUCUAAUAUGAGGGAACUUUCGCCAACUUUACUACGGACGGACCGGUUACGUCAUCAGGGCGAAAAACUUUUUUUCUCGCAAACCCGUAGACAAGAUUGAAGACGUAAUCUGGGUCAUCAUCAAACAUCAGUGUGACCCACCUGGUGGGCAAAAUUACAAACUUAUCAACACCUUAAUGUAUGCUCAUUACGGACCACGUCAGAUGAUGAUGUUUUGAAUUGAGGCCCGAAUUGAGGAGCAGCUCUCAUCCGCAAUUUUCAUCCCGACCGUUAUCACGAAAUGGCCCAGUGCUGCAGAUCUCUCAAUAAACUCACACGCGUGAUCUUUAGUCGAGCCUCCCAAUUUCAACGGCGUUAUAUAUUCGACGCCACUUGACGACUUUCAGCUCGACAGCAAGCGCCGCUCACGUAUCCACUAGAUUGCGCAAUAAGAGACGUGCAAUGUUUAGAUUUUUCUCUGCAUACUAUCGACAUCGACAUCUCUUCGCUUGAAGAGCAAUUCCACCCGAGCACGAAACAAACGGCUCUGUCUCUGUGUUUCCAGCAUCCGGUGUUACAUAAUCCACUUCCCAAAAUUCAAUGAACAACUCGAAUGUCUCUCCUUGUAAAAAUGUUACAUAAAUUUGCAAUAAAUUGUGUGUAUAUUUUGCAAAGAAA